GCCCGCUUUCCCACUUCCAAGACGGACAACAAUCGUAUAUAUUAAGACCCAACCGUCUUCGAUCGAGAGAGCUCCUUUGCUCUCUUCUAUUCUCUUCUUUUCAUCAUCUUAUCAAUUCCAUUUAUCAACCAUUCAUCAUGGCGACGCCUACUCCUCCACCGCCCCGUGAACGCCGCCCAAGCACUGGGGCGCCUAUCUCUGACCUCAGGGGACCCGUUGGACCACCAGGCUUCACCCGCCCGAAGCAUAAGAGGACUCUGACCGGCUUUGGAGCUGGCGAGAUUAAGAGCGUCGAAGCUUCCAUCCCCGAAAACCAGCGCACUGCCUGGAAGAAGUACAGCACGCAACCCUUCACGACUGCCGAGGACUUCGAAAAGGAAGUCGUGCGCCAUGUCGAGACAACGCUCGCGCGUAGCAUGUUCAACUGCGACGAGACCGCCGCAUACGCCGCUGCCAGUCUGGCAUUCCGAAACCGCCUAAUCACAGAGUGGAAUCGUACGCAGCAGAGACAAACUUUUGCGGAUGGGAAGAGGGUAUACUAUCUCUCUCUCGAGUUCCUGAUGGGGAGGGCGCUUGAUAAUGCUAUGUUGAACGUUGGGCUGAAGAAUGUGGCUAAGGAGGGGCUGGCGGAUCUGGGCUUCCGAAUUGAGGAUAUUAUAGAGCAGGAACAUGAUGCUGCACUUGGUAAUGGCGGUCUUGGUCGUCUUGCAGCUUGCUUUUUGGAUAGUUUGGCAUCGCUCAAUUACCCCGCUUGGGGAUAUGGGCUGAGGUAUCGUUAUGGUAUUUUUAAGCAGGAGAUUGUGGAUGGAUACCAGGUUGAGGUUCCCGAUUACUGGUUGGACUUCAACCCUUGGGAGUUCCCUAGACACGAUGUUGUCGUCGAUAUCCAAUUUUAUGGCGAGGUCAGGAAGUACCAUGACGAGAAUGGCAAGAGUCGCGCUGUAUGGGAAGAUGGGGAACUUGUGAAGGCUACUGCAUACGAUGUUCCCAUUCCAGGUUUCGAUACUGCGGUUGUGAACAACCUGCGUCUCUGGUCGAGCAAAGCAGCCAGCGGGGAAUUCGACUUCCAGAAGUUCAACAGCGGUGACUACGAGAGCGCCGUCGCUGAUGAGCAGCGUGCUGAGACGAUUUCUGCGGUUUUAUACCCCAAUGAUAACCUCGAGCGUGGAAAGGAGCUCCGCUUGAAGCAGCAGUACUUCUGGGUUGCUGCUUCAUUGUAUGAUAUCGUGCGACGAUUCAAGAAGAGCAAGCGUGCCUGGAAGGAAUUCCCUGACCAGGUCGCUAUCCAGCUGAACGACACGCACCCAACUCUUGCCAUUGUUGAGCUCCAACGCAUCUUGAUUGAUCUCGAAGGCCUCGAGUGGGAGGAUGCCUGGAACAUCGUUACCAAGACCUUUGGCUACACCAACCACACUGUUCUCCCCGAGGCGCUGGAGAAGUGGUCCGUUCCAUUGUUCCAGAACCUCCUUCCGAGACACUUGCAAAUCAUCUAUGAUAUCAACCUCUUCUUUCUCCAGGCUGUGGAGCGCAAGUUCCCAAAGGAGCGCGAGUUGCUUGCUCGCGUCUCGAUCAUCGAGGAAUCUUCCCCUAAGAUGGUCCGCAUGGCUUAUUUGGCUAUUGUCGGUUCUCACAAGGUCAACGGAGUCGCUGAGCUCCAUUCUGAUCUCAUCAAGACUACGAUCUUCAAGGACUUUGUCAAGAUUUUCGGAGCUGAUCGCUUCACGAAUGUCACCAACGGCAUCACCCCGCGCAGAUGGCUGCACCAGGCCAACCCCCGCCUCUCAGACCUUAUCGCUUCUAAGACCGGCGGCCUUGGAUUCCUCAAGGAUCUCACUUUGCUCAACAAGCUUGAGGAAUUCGCGGAUGACAAGGAAUUCAAGAAAGAAUGGGCUGAGAUCAAGCUUGCCAACAAGGUUAGACUCGCCAGACACAUCAAGGACACCACCGGCGUCGUAGUCAACCCCCACGCUCUCUUUGAUAUCCAGGUUAAGCGCAUACACGAGUACAAGCGCCAGCAGAUGAACAUUUUUGGAGUCAUUCAUCGAUACAUCACCAUCAAAUCCCUCUCCCCCGAGGAGCGCAAGAAGUUCGCACCAAGAGUGUCUAUCUUCGGCGGCAAAGCAGCUCCUGGAUACUGGAUGGCUAAGUCUAUCAUUCAUCUGAUCAACAGCGUUGGAGCCGUUGUCAAUAAUGAUAAGGAUGUGGGUGACCUGCUUAAGGUUAUUUUCAUCGAGGAUUACAACGUCAGCAAGGCUGAGGUCAUCAUCCCCGCCAGCGACGUGAGCGAGCACAUUUCCACAGCUGGUACGGAGGCUUCAGGGACUAGUAACAUGAAGUUCGUCCUCAACGGUGGUCUUAUCAUCGGGACCUGCGAUGGCGCUAACAUCGAAAUAACCCGCGAAAUCGGCGAGCAAAACAUCUUCCUCUUCGGCAACCUCGCCGAAGACGUCGAAGACCUACGCCACACCCACACCUACAGCACCACCACCCUCGACCCCUCCCUCUCCGCCGUCUUCUCCUUCAUCCGCACCAACGCCUUUGGCCCCGCUGACGACUUCGCCGCCCUGAUCGCGGCGGUGGAGGAGCACGGUGAUUACUAUUUGGUGUCGGACGACUUUAAUAGCUAUGUCCAAACGCAGGAGCUGGUGGAUCAGGCGUACAAGGAUCAGGAGGAGUGGGUGGGGAAGUGUAUUUUGGCGGUGGCGAGGAUGGGUUUCUUUACGAGUGAUAGGUGUAUUAGUGAGUAUGCGGAGAGUAUUUGGAAUGUGGAGCCCAUGGAGCCGUUGGCGCAUGAGUGAGGGGGGUGAAGUGUAUAGGAGG